UUGAUUUUCCUUUUUAUGCCCUAAAGAGUAAAGAUGCAUAAGAGGAACCCAGCCGCGCCCCCGCCCUUUCUCUCUCUGUCCGGAGUCUAGAGGGUGCACUCCGGCGACGGGCGUCCCUCGAUCUUCCUUUCCGGUUCUCUUCAACGGAACCGACAGUCUGGCGGCGGGUGAGUUUUCGGCUCCCUACUGUUUAUUCCGUGAAUCGGGAUCAAGUUCCAAGGGUUUACAGCUUCUCUCACUCUCCCUGGCUUUCUGCUCUUUGCUUCCAUAACCUCAUGAUGAACAAGGGUACCACAAGUUCUUCGACAGUUUCAUUGUCGAGGGUGAGCGAAGAGACAGCAGGGAGGGCUGUCGAUUCUCUCCUUAAGUGGGUCAUUGCAAGGCCCAAGUAUCAGAAGGCCCAACUCUUUGACCAUGAUGAGUUUCUCUAUCUCAUCCUUACUCUCAAGAGGAUUCCGGCCUCCCCGAGAAUGCGCCCUUUUAAGAUCCCCCUCCCCAACCCUCUCUUCCCCUUCGAUGGUUCCUUGGAGAUCUGCCUCAUCAUCGACGACCGCCCUAAAUCCCUCAAUUCCAAGGAAGCCAAGCAGAAGAUUGAAGAGGAAGGUAUACCCAUCUCAAAAGUGCUGAAAUUUUCCAAGUUGAAGACUGACUACCGCGCCUUUGAGGCUCGGCGGAAGCUCUGCGGGUCUUAUGACCUCUUCUUCGCUGACAAGCGGAUUAUUCCACUCUUGCCACGCCUCCUUGGCAAGUCCUUCUUCAGGAAAAAGAAGAUCCCAUUGCCUGUUGAACUCACUCACAAAAAUUGGAAAGAGCAGAUGCAGUGCGCCUGCAAUUCGACAUUUUUUUUCUUAAGAAUGGGCACCUGCAGCGUCCUCAAGGUCGGGAAGGUGUCACAGAAAAGAGAGGAGAUCAUUGCCAAUGUAAUGGCAGCCACCCAAGGGAUUGUUGAUGUUAUUCCAAAGAAAUGGGAUAAUGUUAGGUCCUUCCACCUGAAGACUCUGGAAUCAUUGGCGUUGCCCAUUUAUCAGGUGUUACCAGAAAACGGUCUCAAGAUUGACACUGGGAUAGAGAAAGUGCAACCUCAUUCUAUCGAGAAGGAAUCUACCAAAGAAGUCACAGAGAGUAGGAAGGAAAAGGAGAAGAAACAAUCUAAGAAGGGUAGAAUUCAUGAAGUGCAGUAUAUGAAUUCGAUUUUGGGCGAGCCUGAUGCUGGUUCAUCAGAUGAUGAUGUUGGUCCUGGUGAUUCUGAUAACAAUGAUGAUGGCCUUCAUCCUUUUGUUAGUGAUGUUGGAAAAUUGGCUGAGAAAAAGGAGAAAAUGAAGAAAAUGAAGGUGACAAGUGGAACGAGUGAUAAGAAGUCACCUAAAAAGUUGAAGGCCCUGGGACAGGGAAAGAUGAAAGGUACCAAGAAGCAGAAAAAGGGUGUUAAAGCAUGAAGACGGAUAAUGUUGAAAUGAUUUUGUUGGUAUUCAGUAGUUGUUGCUCGACUUCUUUUACCAGGAGGGGACAAUGCUGCGGGGGAAUUGACCAUCUAAAGGGAUGUGAAAAAGAAAGCUUUUUUGGAAAGAGUAAAGCAAAUUCUGCAGACCGCGGAGUAACCCAGUUUUGUUAAAUGUAGCUGUUACACAUUUUUUAAGCCAUCCAAUUUUAGUUUGGGCAUGUAUGGUUGACACAUCUGUCUCAGGGGCUGCUUUAUUGUUUCUAAUUAUUCUUCAAUAUACCCGUUUGCAACUUCUAUCCCUGUUAGAUGGAUUUUUAGAUGCACAAUCUGAAUGUAUAACAGCACGUCCCAUUAUUUCUCUACCUGAGAUGCUUGUUAUUUUGUUGUUUAAUUUCCACUACGAUACUUGGUUUCAUUCUUCUCAA